GGUGGCGGGUGAUCACAGCUGGAGGCUCCCAGCAUGGAUGGACUAGAACCAGAGCCUAUGAAUGGGCCCUGACGCGCCCUUCGACCGCCUUAUUAGGCGCUUCUCACUGGAUCAGCCACAACUUAGCGGUUCGUUUCCAGGGGGCUCGGCGUCUACUGGACAAGCGCACAGCGCACUCCCCUCCCCAAUGCGAUGGGGCCGCUCCCUAGCUCACUUCCCAUUCAGUCUUCACCGUCUAGGACUGUUCAAGGGCAGGUCCCGUCGUCUUCUGGACCUGAAUGCGGCCCAAAGUGGGGGAUGAGGCAACAAUUGGCAGGCCAAGACAGUGGAAUAAGACGAGUUACAGACAGGGCGCAGAGUCAAGGCUCAGAAGUGCAUGAAUCGAAGUCUCACUAUGUACAAAGGCAGCUCCAGGUGUUUCAUGAUGAAUCAAUCAUUCAAGCUGUUUGCUUCUCUCUUGCUGUUUGCAUGACCUCGGUACACGUCUUCUACCGUCCAUCACUGCUAACAUAUUCCAGCCGAGGUGGUCCAAGUAUCAGACCUAAAAAUCUCUCAGCACUGACCUACAUGUAGGUAGUACCUCAUAAUUCCAUUAGGCUCGGGUCCCCGAUUCGGUUGUUUCUUGAAUCAUGUUGCAAUCGGGUAACUACCACGGAUAAUGCUCCAGGUAUCAUCAUCCUGACAUCCCAACACAUUGAGGGUUGCCCGCUACUAAGCUAGGCCAUCGCCAAUGUCAAUAGCCGCCCUUGCAAUGACGAUCUGGAAAAAGGCCUGCCGAUCACAGGACGGCCCGACAAUUUAUACAAUAUUUUCCAAGACCAUCACGAUGUUUAGAAUGUAUUAUAUGUCUUCAAUGACAGACAUUCCGAGGUUUUUGGAUGUGUUUUCUUGGAACCGUUGAGAUGAGUAAUCUGCUUCACCAAUUUAGGGCUAUGGAUAUUGACGCCAUGGGACUGAAAGUAUGAAGCCUAUCUGUUGGUUACAUUGAUGCAUAUUCCCGUUAUUUCUAUAAUAUCAGUCUCGCCGUCCUUGGCUCCAAGAGGUGAUAGAUAUAUAUGGACUGCCGUCGAAUACAUCUUUAAUUCAUGGUGGAGAGAAUGGCAAAGGAGGACAUAACUACUGCCCAAUCUUCUUGAUCCGCGUUUUCCGUUGUUUGCUUAUUCUGACCGGCCUCAAUUAUCUGCCUUGAAAGCCUGAUACCUAUGUAAAACAACGAAUUGCACAGCUCCGGCUCAGCCUCCCCGGUGAGGGGUGCAAGCAAGCGAGCGAGCGAGCUGUAACUGGGCGGUAAGAGAGGUGAUAACAGCUCAGAGAUAAUUCGAAAUAUUGGUGAAUCUGCAUGGAUUCCCUUGAUUCGUCUCGUAGCAUG